AUGUUAAUCAACUAAUAAGGGAAGUUAUAUGGGAAGAAUAACAUGAAAACUGGAUUAUGUUCAUAAAUACAAGUAUUUCCAAGUCAAUAUGCUAGAUUCGUUUCUACAUCUAUCUCUGCAGUGAAAUGAAGUUUACAUCUUGA